AAGCUUCCAAGAUACAGCUGGUUGAGUACAGUCAUGAUAAAAGAGAGGCGAAGGCCCAUUCCGCUAUUUUCUUUUCGUGGAGGUUGGGCUCGCGUGCUUCUGUGAGCUGUGGUCGUCAUGGACCGGAAGCGUGUGCGGCGCGCCUGCCUUGAGACCAGCAUCAGGGAAGGGUGUCCCAGGUGCAGGCGAAGCUUCCUUCAAGUGUUCCUGGAGGACUUUCGGCUCGCAAGCGCUUCUCCAUUCUCCCAGCAUCUCGGGCCUGAUGUUAAUGUUCGUGUGUCAAGUCUCACACUCUUGGGAGCUAUAGCAUCCACCCACACACCUUUACCUGAAGCCCAGCUACUUCUGCAACAGCCAUGUUCUUCUGGACUCAGUAAUAGCAAUUCAGCAACCCCUCACCUCAGCCCUCCUGAUUGGUGGAGGAAAGCCCCUGCAGGACCCUCUCUGGAAGAAACGUCAGUUAGCUCACCUAAGGGGUCUUCAGAGCCCUGCUGACUCAUUCGACUCUGCAUUUCCAUUGUCGUACUGCCCAAGGAGGAUUCCUGUUCAGGUAGCGAUGCUGGCUCUGCAGUAGGAAGCACCUACGAACCAUCCCCCAUGCGACUGGAGGCCUUACAGCUAUUGGCUCUUCUGGCAAGGGGCUACUUUUCAAUGACUCAAGCCUACUUGAUGGAGCUUGGAGAGGUGAUUUGCAAGUGCAUGGGGGAAGCAGAUCCAUCCAUUCAUGAAGCUUCAUGGAGCAAAGCUUCUGGAAGAACUGGGCACAGGCUUAACACAGCAGCAUAAACACUGCGACACCUGAUCAGAGAGUGCCAGUCUUCUUGGUGGUGAUGUUCUGGACUAUGAUGCUGAAUGGUCCUUUACCCAGAGCCCUGCAGAAUUUGGAGCAUCCAACUCUCCAGGCGAGCGCAUGUGAUGUCCUGUCUUCCAUCUUGCCAGAGGCCUUCAGCAAUCUGCCGGAUGUCAUAUGUGUUGCAGACGCAGCAAAUACAAUAUUGAUGUCACUUGAAGACAAGUCUCUGAAUGUUCGAGCCAAAGCAGCCUGGUCCCUGGGCAACCUGACAGACACUCUGAUUGUCAACAUGUAGGUGACUGAACUUGCUUUCCCCAGCUGACUUCUGAGAUUGAGGGCCCAAGAGAAUGUCUUCGAUCUCUACCAUGAAAGAAUCAGCAGUAGUUCCCGCAUAUUAUGCAGUCAGUCUUCCUGCUUUGUUUUGUUUGAUAUUCCUUCAGAAAAUAAAAUUAAUAAGCUGCUCUUAAUAUAUAUUAGGAAUAUAUUAAGACAUAUAUGUAUUAAAAAUACUGUAUGUCGAUAUAAGUAAUAUGUCCACAUUAUAGAAAACAUAAAAGCAAAACCUUAGUAAUGGUUACCGUACUUUUAAAAUGCAUUUAAAAAUAUUUCUUAAAGUAGUAUAUUCACAGGCUAAAAAAAAUCCAGAUAGUACAAAGCAGCAUUCAAUGUGAAGCCUUUCUUCUACCCUGACACCUUAGUUCCCCUCCCCAGAGGUAGCUGGUUAUUCAUGUGCAAGUGUCCUGCUUUUUGUCACUUCACCGUAUAAGCAACAUGUAAAAUGUGUAAGCAUUCUAUUAUUGACUUGUUAGAAAUCCUUAUUUAUGAUUACAUAAUUAUCACUGUGUGAUGAUUAUUUAACCAUUUUUCUAUUACUGAACAUUUGUUUUAGCCUUUAGGCUUGUAGACUUUUAUAUUCAGUGAAUAUUUUUGUGCAUUAAAUCUGCAUUUUGAGAUUUUUUUUUGGAGACAUUCCUAGGUGGGGAACUAUUGAGUCAAAAGAUAUAUACUGUAAGUUUCUUGAUAUAAUGUAAGCAGAUUUGUUAUAACUGUUUUCCAAAACUUUUAGGCAUAUGCUAAGUGAAUAUAUUUCUAUAUGUAUAUAUUUAAGUGAGUGGCUUAAAUGGGGAGGGCUGAGGUCAGGGAGGUCUGAUGCUGGUCCUGGGCUCCGGGGGUGACAGUGAUGAGGAACUGGGUGCACACAUGAGUGGGGGAGCCAGGCCUGGCCAGAAAAGCAACACACACAUGCACAGACACGUUUACCACUUAACGCGUGUGCACGCACGUGCACACAUUGCAGGCAGGCAUGUUGACGCCUCAGUUAGCGGAGGACCCUGACUCUGGGCUCUGCUGACCCGGGCAAGGCCCCAUUGUGAUGCGUGCCAUGACCUCAGAAUGCCACUGGUGCUUAGCACCUAUCCGCUCUCCAGCCUGUGUCUGUGUUCUACAGCAGUUACACACACGCAGUGGUGUUGGUGAGCAGUUUGUGGACUCAAAGGUUUUCUCCCUGAGAGGCAUAACCCAGGCCAGCUGAUUCAUCAGAAUCGGGAAACUGGGCAUAUCUGUGGCCCUGAGCAUCCCAGGAGGCCGAUCGUACGGAGACCUCUGGUGCCUGACCGCAGUUCACAUCCACAUCCCUGGAAUAGCCCAUCACAGGCUCUUCACCCUUGGCAGGUGGACACCAUUCAACCUGCCGGGGCAGGAUGGACAUGGUAGAGGACGCAGAUAGUUUGCAGGCACAGGAGCGGGAGGACAUAAUUAUAAAAUAUCAGAAGGGACACCGAGCUGGGCUGCCAGAGGACAAGGGGCCUGAGCCUGUUGGAAUCUACGGCAGCAUUGAUCGCUUUGGGAUUCUGCAUGAGACGGAGCUGCCUCCUGUGACUGCAAGGGAGGCGAAGCAAAUUCGGCAGGAGAAAAAAAGAAACAGCAAGUGGCUGGAAAUGCUGGGCGAAUGGGAGACAUAUAAAAACAGUAAAAAGCUCGUAGAUCGAGUGUAUAAGGGGAUACCCAUGAACAUCCGGGGCCCAGUGUGGUCAGUCCUCCUGAACAUCCAGGAAAUCAAAUCGAAAAACCCCGGAAAAUAUAAGAUCAUGAAGGAGAAGGGCAAGAGGUCAUCUGAACACAUCCAGCAGAUCAACCUGGACGUAAGCAGGACGCUCCGGAACCAUGUCUUCUUCAGGGAUCGAUAUGGAGCGAAGCAGCGGGAACUAUUUUACAUCCUCCUGGCAUAUUCGGAGUAUAACCCGGAGGCGGGCUACUGCAGGGACCCGAGCCACAUCGCCGCCUUGUUCCUCCUUUAUCUGCCUGAGGAGGACGCAUUCUGGGCACUGGUGCAGCUGCUGGCCAGUGAGAGGCACUCCCUGCCGGGAUUCCACAGCCCAAAUGGCGGGACAGUUCAGGGGCUCCAAGACCAACAGGAGCAUGUGGUACCCAAGUCACAACCCAAGACCAUGUGGCAUCAGGACAAAGAAGGUCUAUGUGGAGAGUGUUCCUCGUUAGGCUGCCUUCUCCGGAUAUUGAUUGAAGGGGUCUCUCUUGGGCUCACCCUGCGCCUGUGGAAUGUGUAUUUGCUUCAAGGAGGACAGGCGUUGAUGCCGAUAAAAAGCAUUGGCUCCAAGGUUCAGCAGAAGCGCCUCAUGAAGACAUCCACGUCUGGCCUGUGGGCACGUUUUCGGAACAAGUUUUUCGAUACCUGGGCCACGGAUGAUGACGCUGUGCUCAAGCAUCUUAAGGCCUCUACGAAGAAACUAACAAGGAAGCAAGGGGACCUGCCACCCCCAGCCAAACCCGAGCAAGGGUCCUCGGGACCCAGUCCUGUGCCAGCUUCACGUGGCAGGAAGACCCUCUGCAAGGGGGACAGGCAGGCCCCUCCAGGCCCACCAGCCCGGUUCCAGCGGCCCAUUUGGUCAGCUUCCCCACCAUGGCCACCUUGUUCUUCCACACCCUGUCCUGGUGGGGCUGUCUGGGAAGACACCUACCCUGUGGGCACUCAGGGUGUGCCCAGCCCGGCCCUGGCUCAGGGAGGACCUCAGGGUUCCUGGAGAUUCCUGGAGUGGAACUGGAUGCCCCACCUCCCAACGGACCUGGAUGUAGGGGGCCCUUCGUUCCCUCAUUAUGAUUUCGAACAGAGCUGCCGGGUCCAUGCCAUAUCCCAGGAGGACCAGCUGGCCACCUGCUGGCAGGCUGAACACUCUGCGGAGGGGAACUGCCUUACUCUUCUGGAUGAUGAGAAUCAUAGAUUGGAAUAUUUGAAAAUCCAGGAUAAACAACACCUGGUAAUUGAAGUUCGCAACAAAGAUACGAGUUGGCCUGAGGAGAUGUCUUUUAUAGCAAAUAGUAGUAAAAUAGAUAGACACAAGGUUCCCAUAGAAAAGGGAGCCACAGGUCUAAGCAACCUGGGAAACACAUGCUUCAUGAACUCAAGCAUCCAGUGCGUUAGUAACACACAGCCACUGACACAGUAUUUUAUCUCAGGGAGACAUCUUUAUGAACUCAACAGGACAAAUCCCAUUGGUAUGAAGGGGCAUAUGGCUAAAUGCUAUGGUGAUUUAGUACGGGAACUUUGGAGUGGAACUCAGAAGAGUGUUGCCCCAUUAAAGCUUCAGUGGACCAUAGCAAAAUAUGCUCCCAGGUUUGAUGGGUUUCAGCAACAAGACUCCCAAGAACUUCUGGCUUUUCUCUUGGAUGGUCUUCAUGAAGAUCUCAACCGAGUCCAUGAAAAGCCAUAUGUGGAACAGAAGGACAGCGAUGGCCGACCAGACUGGGAAGUAGCUGCAGAGGCCUGGGACAACCAUCUAGGAAGAAAUAGAUCAAUUAUUGUGGAUUUGUUCCAUGGGCAGCUAAGAUCUCAAGUCAAAUGCAAGACAUGUGGGCAUAUAAGUGUCCGAUUUGACCCUUUCAAUUUUUUGUCUUUGCCACUACCAAUGGACAGUUAUAUGCACUUAGAAAUAACAGUGAUUAAGUUAGAUGGUUCUACCCCUGUACGGUAUGGACUAAGACUGAAUACAGAUGAAAAGUACACAGGUUUAAAAAAACAGCUGAGUGAUUUCUGUGGACUUAAUUCAGAACAAAUCCUUCUAGCAGAAGUACAUGGUUCCAACAUAAAGAACUUUCCUCAGGACAACCAAAAAGUAGGACUCUCAGUGAGUGGAUGUUUGUGUGCAUUUGAAAUUCCUGUCCCUGCAUCUCCAAUUGCAGCUUCUAGUCCAACACAGACAGAUUUCUCCUCUUCGCCAUCUACAAAUGGAAUGUUCACCCUAACUACCAAUGGGGACCUACCCCAACCAAUAUUCGUCCCCAAUGGAAUGCCAAACACUGCUGUGCCACGUGGAACUGAGAAGAACUUCACAAAUGGAAUGGUUAAUGGUCACAUGCCAUCUCUUCCUGAUAGCCCCUUUGCAGGUUACAUCAUUGCAGUCCACCGAAAAAUGAUAAGGACAGAACUGUAUUUCCUGUCACCUCGGGAUAAUCGCCCCAGCCUCUUUGGAAUGCCAUUGAUUGUUCCAUGUACUGUGCAUACCCGGAAGAAAGACCUAUAUGAUGCGGUUUGGAUUCAGGUAUCCCGGUUAGUGAGCCCACUCCCACCUCAGGAAGCCAGUAAUCAUGCCCAGGAUCGUAUGGGCUAUCAAUAUCCAUUCACUCUACGAGUUGUGCAGAAAGAUGGGAACUCCUGUGCUUGGUGCCCACAGUAUAGAUUUUGCAGAGGCUGUAAAAUUGAUUGUGGGGAAGACAGAGCUUUCAUUGGAAAUGCCUAUAUUGCUGUGGAUUGGCACCCCACAGCCCUUCACCUUCGCUAUCAUACGUCCCAGGAAAGGGUUGUAGAUGAGCAUGAGAGUGUGGAGCAGAGUCGGCGAGCGCAAGCUGAGCCCAUCAACCUGGACAGCUGUCUCCGUGCUUUCACCAGUGAGGAAGAGCUAGGGGAAGAUGAGAUGUACUACUGUUCCGAGUGUAAGACCCACUGCUUAGCAACAAAGAAGCUGGAUCUCUGGAGGCUUCCACCCUUCCUGAUUAUUCACCUUAAGCAAUUUCAAUUUGUAAAUGAUCAGUGGAUAAAAUCACAGAAAAUUGUCAAAUUUCCUCGGGAAAGUUUUGAUCCGAGUGCUUUUUUGGUACCACGAGACCCGGCUCUCUGCCAGCAUCAACCACUCACACCCCAGGGGGAUGAGCUCUCCAAGCCCAGGAUUCGGGCAAGAGAGGUGAAGAAAGUGGAUGUGCAGAGUUUGGCUGGGGAAGAGGACAUGCUCCUGAGCAAAAGCCCAUCCUCACUCAGCGCUAACAUCAGCAGCAGCCCAAAAGGUUCUCCUUCUUCAUCAAGAAAAAGUGGAACCAGCUGUCCCUCCAGCAAAAACAGCAGCCCUAAUAGCAGCCCACGGACUUUGGGGAGGAGCAAAGGGAGGCUCCGGCUGCCCCCUAUUGGCAGCAAAAAUAAGCUGUCAAGUAGUAAGAACUUGGAUGCCAGCAAAGAGAAUGGGGCUGGGCAGAUCUGUGAGCUGGCUGACGCCUUGAGCCGAGGGCAUAUGCGGAGGGGCAGCCAACCAGAGCUGGUCACUCCUCAGGACCAUGAGGUAGCUUUGGCCAAUGGAUUCCUUUAUGAGCAUGAAGCAUGUGGCAAUGGCUGUGGCGAUGGUUACAGCAAUGAUCAGCUUGGAAACCACAGUGAAGAAGACAGCACUGAUGACCAAAGAGAAGACACUCAUAUUAAGCCUAUUUAUAAUCUAUAUGCAAUUUCAUGCCAUUCAGGAAUUCUGAGUGGGGGCCAUUAUGUCACUUAUGCUAAAAACCCAAACUGCAAGUGGUACUGUUACAAUGACAGCAUCUGUGAGGAACGUCACCCUGAUGAAAUUGACACCGACUCUGCCUACAUUCUUUUCUAUGAGCAGCAGAGGAUAGACUACACACAAUUUCUGCCAAAGAUUGAUGGCAAAAAGAUGGCAGACACAAGCAGUAUGGAUGAAGACUUUGAGUCUGAUUACAAAAAGUACUGUGUGUUACAGCAAAGCUACCACUCUGGCUGCUAGACAGCUUGGUGGCAAGGGAGAUGAUUCCUUGUAGCUGAUAGUUGGCAAAAGUGUCACUGAGAGGCAAGCUAAAUGUAGUUAUUUUAUCCUGUUAGAAUACAAAUUCUAAUUAAAAUAGUUAACUUUAAGAGUAGUAAUAAUUUUAUUUUGACGUCUCAUGCAAGCUCUCUGAUAGAGAACUUUCAGGCAGAUCCCACCAUUAGCCUGUAAACAAAAGGUUUGGCACCAGGCACCUGGGACCAAAUAAGAAUUCAACUGUGCUUGUCCAGAUAUGAACAAAUAUGUAGUGAGUAUAAAGUUUACCAAUAAUCAUAACAAAUAUUAAAGAUUUCCUUGGAGUCAAAGUAAAAAACAAAAAAUUGUAAUGUUGUCUAGGGAUGACAUGAUGGAGAAAGCAAGAUCAUGAAGGUGUGCAAAUGAUUCUUACAGCAUGGGCGAAGAUUUUUCAAUUUAUUUUUUAAAGUUUCCAUACCCUUUCUUUGUCUUUCUUGCUUUUUGUUUUUGCCGUUGUGUCUAUGUUUGAGACACAACCAGUCAUUGGUGGCAGGGGCAUAGAGUGGUCAGUCUGAAAGGGAGGCUCUCUUAAGAGCUAUGUGCCUUCCACCCAGAGGGAGACCCAGUAGAAAGAAAAACAUCCUGGGAAUUCCAGCUACCAUGGCCCUCCCAGUGGAGGCAUCUUACAUUUAGGAUACUUCAAGUAUCCUCAGAAAUGUAUUCUGCACUCCCGGCCCCACCCAUGCUGAGGGAACGGGAGCAGUUGCCAAUAUUUGCACCAUCUUCACAUGCACAUGUUGCAACAAGAGUUUCUGGGAAGGUAAGCGGCAUCGGAGCUAGAUCACAUUUCACAAUUAGUGGUUCUUUUCCAUGUUUGUUUUGCACUUUAAAAAAGAGAGAACACAUGCAAAUGAACUUGCUUGUGUGUAUUUGAUGGCUCUAAGGGCUAUAAAUUACAAACAAAACACAUCCCAGACAUUAGGAGUUCAUAAGUAUAUUUAAUGAAAUUGGUGGUUUUAGGAAGUCAACUUUAGUUUUGCUUUGUUUGCACGUCCACUAAUUUUUUAUUUUGAUAUUGUCUUUUUUUAAUUUUACAGUAGUCAUUGAAAGUUAUGUUUCUUUGUUUACUUCAUUUUUUCCUCUAAUUAUUCAAGAAGAACAAAAGUAUAAAUGUUAUUUAUUUCAGGUAGAAUUUUUUUUGUGUAGUUUUUUAAUAUAUACUUGAAGGAAAUGUUUCACCUUAUUUUUGGUCUUUGUUUAUUCAUUUAGACCCUGCAAGUUGAUUCUCAUUAAUUGUCAGAUUCCGCUACACUUUCUUCCUCAUAGGUAGUCAUUACCAGUGUAACUAAGCAUUUGUGUUCUGAUAUCUGGGGCCAGUAACUAUUAAUAUCUAGUUCUCAGAGCAUUUGGAAAGGUUAUCUUAAAUGGCUACCUAAAUUGAAAUCCUUUUCAGAAAAAAUAUAAUUGCAAGUAGGUAGGAGUGGCCUAAAUUGUCUAAUGUAAUAAAGUCAGACAAAAUGCAUACUGUAUAGUUUCAAGAUUUUCAGUAUAUAAAAUCUGUCCUUUCCUACCUGGACAUGUCCCAUUAAAAAGUGGAAGAUUUUAAAUAAUUUCUUUACAGAUGUUUUAUUUAAGCAGGUAGCACAAUCUACUAAUGUUAUUUGAUCUGUGUUUGUUAUACUGGUUGUAAUUAAUUUUUUUAAUUCAUGAACUAGCAGAAAAUUUAUUAAAUUAACUGUUAACUACAUUCACCUUGUAAAUGACUGUAUAAAACUUGUUGACAAUGCACUGACUUUAGAAAGAUGUUAAUGUAUAUAAAUAGAGUGUAAAUAAAAUAGUGUUGAUGUACUGAAAUAUGAACUGUAUAAAAAGUAUUGGUAAUUGUAUAUGGGGUGUACCUGUUUAUCUGUAACUGUUAUCCAAACAAAUUAAAUACUGUGGAUGCCUCUAUGUGCUGUUUUUCCUCAUACAAGUAAACACAGAAUGUCAAAUUC